CUGUUUCAAAUUCUAUAAACAAUUUCAUAGUUUCAUUUUCUACUAACACACAGGCCGAUUUAACUCGUACAUUCGUGUACAAACAACUAGCGAUUUGGAUUAUCAGAAAUGGACUCGAGCAUUGUGUUUCUUUGCCUUGGAAUGGCCUCCAUAGUUAAUGGGGACUUGUCCAUUCGGGGACCAAACCAGAACGUUUUGGAAGGUGAUAGCGUGACCUUGGAGUGCCAGUACUCAGACAACGAGCACAACAUCAGCAGCGUAAGAUUUGAAAGCUUCUCGCAGAUUCUCCAGAUGUGGCACCCAGUGAGGUCGACCUUUUGGAGCUUCUGCAACUCUAUUAUGGAGCAGGUGGAUGACAAGAUGGUGUUGCGCAUUUCCCAUGUUACCUGGUAUUUCGAGGGGCGCUUCCGCUGCUUGUCGGACGACCACACGUUGAGCGCGCCCAACAACGUCUCCAAGACGCUGUCCUUAAAAAUGCAAUAUUUGGCAGCGAUACAUCUUUCCAGGAAGGGUUUCAGCGGGUUCCUGGGUCUGCCGCAGGAGCUUCGCGUGCGGGAAGGAGAUGACGUGGCGCUCGAGUGCUCAGCCAGCUGCUCGGAAGAGCCCAGCUACUAUUGGUAUAAGGAGGGUGGCGACUGGAUCCUGCCUUCAGCCGUGAUGACUCUGAAGAGCGUGAGCGCCGAGGACAGCGGCAUGUACACGUGCACGGCCGAACACCCCACCGCUCCGCUGAGCAUAAUGCGCAACGUUACCCUCGUGGUUCUGCCUGAAGACGCCAGUUGGUUUGAGACCCAAAGCGGCCGUGUAGUACUGAUGACCUCCUUUGUGGUGGCGUGUAUCGUCGUGAUGUGGGCAACGGCCUUGAGCGUGUGCCUCUACUGCAGGAAGAAGCGAGUCCAGACCAAACUCAUCAAUGACAAGUGUCAGAGCAAGCCCAUCUACAAGGACAGCACGGAGGCUCUCCACUGCAACUACGGAGACAAACAGCCUCUGGUUGCCGUCUAAUGAUCGCGAGGAGGAAGACGGAGUGCGUGGCCAGAGAGUGAUGGAUGGCGUCGGGUGACUACUCAAGAAUGUUUAUUGAUGACGGGCGGCCGAGCGAGCCAUGCUAGAUGGACGGCGCAGUUCACAAUAAGUAGCUAGCAAAAAAAAAAAAAGUAGAAGUGCAAGUGAUUGCUGUUAAGGUUGAUAGAUUAUUUUGAUCGUGUGAUUAUGUUGGAAUGUAGACUAUAAUGAUUAACCAAACUUUUCCUGCUCUCACAACGCAAUAAAAUAAAGUGGUUGCAUCCUCUGCUUGAUUGACCAGCUGCAGAGGAAGCAAUCUAAGUAGUUUUGUUUCCCCCAACGUCAUAAAACACCCCCUGCUCUGAUUUGACCAGAGGCCAGGGGUUCACCAAACCUGUCCACUCUCACCCCCACCCUGUUUUCUCCAAAUAAAUACUCUCUUGCAAGAAUCCAAAGUCAGAUUUCGUUCGAACAUCGCUGUAUGCACAGUGACGAACGAUUUCUCCACUUGCAAGUUAAAGUCCGAAUGAUCGUCACACAGACACACAUCUGGGUGUGGUGAAAUUUGACCUCUGCAUUUAACCCAUCCCCGUGUGAUUGCAGUGAGGAGCAGCGGUGCCGCGCUUGGGAAUCAUUCGGUGUUCUAACCCCCCCAAGUCCAACUCUUGAUGCUGAGUGCCAAGCAGGGAGGCAAUGGGUCCCAUUUUUAUCGUCUUUGGUAUGACCCGGCCAGGGUUUGAACCCACACUCUUCCAGUCUCAGGGGGGACACCCUACCACUAGGCCACUAAGCUGGUGCACAAAGGGCAUACUGUCUCCCAUGUGGUUCUUGCAAAUAAGUUAGAGUGAGCACUAACAAUUGCUUUGCGGAUGCUCGCCGGGGUACAAAAGGCAGGCAAUUUUCUUCCUAUAUAUUUGGCGACCUGGCAGGUGAUGAGCUUUCCGCUUUUAGCAUUGUUAGCUAGCCGCUUCUCAAGUGUACGCACUUGAAAAUCAAUUUUCCUUCUUCCGAGUGCCAAGCCGAUACCUAAGUUUGUUGAUUUUUUUUCACGACGUCUUCAUCUUGUUCCCAUGACAGCAUUUAACACUCAGCAGCUUUUUACAACUUUUGCGCUUUUGUGAAGACAGUUUCACUGACCGCCCACAGUCGCAACAUAUCGGAGAGAGCGCAUUAUGAAUAAUAAUCUUCAUAAUGUUCGAUCAGUGGGAGGCCACGGGCUGCUCUCCAUAUGGAGAAGCACUUUUGAGGGCACAAACAGUCAAUAUCUUCCACAAGUGGGAUGCCAACUACGCUCAACACGCAUUUAUUUUACUUUCCAUAGGGGAAAAUCUGCAAUAAAGACCAAAUUAAAAAUA